AUGGACAAGUUCACGACGCUCGAGCCAGUAAAGCUUUACCCAACGUUCCUCGGCAGGUCCACCCCACAAAAGGCCACUUUUACGCCCCCACUCGUUGGUCGACUCCCCUCCGAUCUCCAUUUCUUCGUCCUUGCUGCCCUCCCCGUCCCCGAUAUACCGGCAUAUGCAAGAUGCAACCGUGCAACAGCUGCUCUCGCCCGCGACGAUGCCGUCUGGGAACCCCGUUGGAAGGCACUCGGUGUCGACAGGGAUCCGGCGCUGAACAAGGUCCUGGACGAUCUUGAGCACAAGGCUGCGGAGAGAGCCUCGCAGUCCCGCGCAUCCGCCCCGCCGACGAUUGCAGUCGACGACGACUUUGGGGAUUUCUCGGGCGGUACAGAUGCCCUCUCUCUGCCGCCACCGGAGGAGAUGGGUGACUUCGUAGGCGCGUUCCAGGGGGUAUCCGUGUCCUCACCGAAGACGCCAUCGUAUUCACACCAGAAAGAAUCAUUCAAGACAAAGUACACGCGAGUACAUGGUCUACUGAAGCCCCUCACCCGCCUGCUCUCGUCUCCGCCCCACGUCGUCCUCUCCGAUCUCGCAGCCCAGGUUACACCCUCGCUCUACCAAGAGGCAAAGACCCUCCGCCUCCUCUCCUUCUUCCUCUCCCCGGCCGUGCAACCUGUACGAAAAUGGGACGCUCUCUACCUCUCCCUGCGAACGGCUAUGGAUCGAUACGACUCAAAUCUCCUGACGGCGUUCGAUGCUGCGGACGGGAAGGGCGAUGAGGCUGCGAUGCGAGAGGCAGCAGAGUCGAGUUUGGAGGUCUGGGAUGCGAGCAGUGGCGAUUGGGAGAUGGGCAAAGUGUGGACGGAGAAACGCGAGAUUUUCUAUCAGCAGGGCAAUUGGCGUGCCCUCGAUAACUUUACGAAGGAGGAACAGCUGGACUUUCGUGCCAUGGACGAAUUCAUAGACGUCAUCCUCGCGUCUAUCUACGACCACGGCGCCAGAGCGGUCCGGGUCUUCCCUCCAGCCUCCCAGGUCUUGCUCCUCUUCUCGGAAAGGUUGGCACACGAAGUGGUCGGCGACUAUAUCACGACCCUCCUCUCACACGCCCGCGAAAUCUCGACGUUAACUUACAUGAAAUCGGUCGCAGCGUCGUUUCGAGAGGCAUGGAGGAUGGUCGAUGCAAUUAUGGACGUGGCGAAGCAGAGGGAGGACUCGAAUGUCCUGAGGACGAAGGCAGAAGAUGUCGUUUACCAGAUGUUCGAGCCGCAUAUGGAUGAAUACCUCGAUGAGGAGGUGGAAGCCAUCAAGCUCGCGUUUGACGUCAUAUGCAAGGGGUGGGACAAGGAAACGGCAUCAGCUUCCUCCCCUACUGCGGCAGCCAAUGCUACCCGGUUCCUCGCGUCCCAAAACCCGGCACUGGUCAAGCGCAAUGUGCUCACGUCAUUUACGAACCUCCUCCUGCUACCUGUUACGAUCGUGCCAAAGACGGUCGGGGCUGUUGGUGGUGCGCUCAUGACUGGGGGCAAUGCUGCCGUGCAGGGCAUCGCGAUGCUGAACCCACAGAGAUGGGGCGCGACGUCUGUGGCUGGUCCGAAGGGAAAUGGGUACUCGAAGAGUUUAGAUAAUGGGGCGAUGUUGUUUGAGGUGGAAGAGGAGGAGUAUGUGGCGGGGGAGGUGAGAGAUGUGCGCGGCUCGAAAUCCCUCGCCCAGCUGGACGUCACCUCUCCCACCCCGCUUAUGACCGCGACCUCCUCUUCCCUUGCCUCGGGCGUGUCAACUGCGACGACAGAAACGACGCACCAGCUCGACCUCCUGCUCUCGCUCGACGUCGCCCUCGAGAUCAUCCACGCUGACCGCGAGGCACUCAAGCGCGUGGAGACGUUCGCGGGAUACCCUGGGCACUACGGACACCGCGUCCGGGACACGAUCGAGGAGAUUUUCAUAUUGAUGCUGCAAGCGCUGGGGGAUAGACAUGUCGCAAAGGGGUUCUUGCAGGCAACGGAACGGAUGAAGGAGUAUAACCCUGCGGAGCACGACGCCACUUCCAAUGUUGCCCCGCUUGUACAGUUCUUCGAGCUCGUGCAUGUUGGGGAUACCAUUCAAUCAAUGGUUCAGGUGUACUUUGACAAGGAGCUUGCACCACAUAUAGACAAAACCGACUUCCUGAAUGCUGUUGUGAGGGAGAAGAAGCGAUUUGAGAACACUCUUGAUGACUCAGUUGCUCUUGGGCUCAAUGCUGGGACAGAUGUUCUGAUGAAUCAGGUUGAGCAUAUUAUCUUAACCCUCACCAAGGCUAGGGUGUACUAUCCACCUGAUGAUGCACAUCUUGAGCUGGGCCCUACUAAAGGCUGUAUUGAGGCUAUCACCUGCUUAGAGUCCCAUUGUAAGCUAUUGAAGGGGAGUACUAGUAAGGAGGUUUUGGAGGUAUUUUAUCAGGAAGUUGGGUUGAGAUUGAUUGUCAUUCUUCAAAAACACAUCAAACGUCAAAUCAUCUCUUUGAAUGGUGGUUUUCAAGUCAUUGCUGACUUGAAUGCCUAUAAUGCAUUUGUUGCAUCACUUAAAAUUCCUGCUAUCACAGCAGAUUUCUCCAAUCUGAAAAUGCUAGGCCAUGUCUAUGUGGUUGAGGAUGCUAAAGAUCUUGCUCAGAUUGUUAGAGAUGUGACAAGAUAUGGAGGAGCAUAUAGACCUGAAACAAACCCCAGGCCUGUACACUGGAAGGCCCUCCAACAUGUCCUCACCUACAUCAAGGGCACUCUACACUAUGAAAUAAUCUAUGACCCUAAUUCCUCUGAUGGCCUCAACAUCUCAGGAUACUCCAACUUGGACUAUGCUGAAGAUGUUGACACCAUGUGA